UAUCGAAUCCUAUCUACAUAUCUAUCGACUUCAACAUCAUCGUCGUCAUCAUCAUCAUCAUCUUUUUAAUCUUACGAGCUGGCUGCUGAACAUUUUUUCUUCGAACUCGCUGCGAUUAGGCGGGAUUAGAAAUUAAAUUUUUAUUUUCAGACGUUAUUUUGUUUGUUCACUGCUUUGCGCGUUUGUUAUUUCAAACGCUGGCUUGAAAUUGGAGUUUAAGUCAAUUAAAAGUUGUUUAGUUUGAAGAUUGAAAAACAAAAAAUUACAAACUGAAAAAAAAAUUGAAAACGAUUGAGAAAAAAAUCACCGCAACUAAUCCUAAUAAUCUGAUUGGUUGAGAACAUCCUGAUAAAUUAAAAGUUCAAUCAAUCAACCAAUCAACUAUUCAAUCAACUAAUAAUAAUCGAUCAACCAUCCGACCAGCUAGCCAACCAGCCGACUAACCAGCCAACCAGCCAGCCAACAUGUGCAGAGGUAUAAGUGGUGUACUAACUAGGAACGUUCGGGAUCUGAAGGACCGAGUGACUUGGCAGAGCGCCCUGGCAGAACUUCUGGGAACCUGCAUCCUCAUCGUCAUCGGAACUGGAACAUGCAUCGGAAAGGAUUGGGAGGCCAACACUCCCACCAUCGUUCAGAUAUCCUUGACCUUUGGAUUGGCCGUAGCAACGGUUGUCAGGUGCAUUGGUCACGUGAGUGGCGGCCAUAUUAAUCCGGCGGUCACGUGCGCCAUGCUGGCAACAAGGAGGGUUACUCUGUCGAAGGCGAUCAUCUACAUUGUGUCGCAGUGUCUUGGAGCAAUCAUCGGCUCAGCAAUCGUGAUGGCCAUAACACCGGCCGACUACAUGGGUGACCUGGGUCAGACAUCGGUCAGUUCAUCCAUCAAAGCAUUUCCUCGGGCAGUUGCCGUUGAGGCCUUCAUCACUUUUGUACUGAUCUUCACAAUUUUCGCUUCCUGCGACGCCAACAGGCACGACCUCAGUGGCUCAACCCCUCUCAGCAUUGGAUUCGCUGUUGCUUUCUGCCACAUGUUUGCUAUCAAGUACACAGGAUCCAGCAUGAAUCCCGCCAGAACGUUCGGACCAGCAGUCGUCGGAGGAACCUGGGAGCACCAUUGGGUAUACUGGAUUGGACCCAUAACUGGCGCCAUAUUUGCAGGUCUAAUUUACGAAUUCAUCUUCGCGAGCAACGCCACUCCCGCCAAAAUGAGGAAGUACUUUUCGGACCCGGAUUAUGUCGGCGACCGAAUUUUCGUCCACAGCAUCGAAAGCAACGGCCACCACGAUGGCCACUCUGAUGACGUCAAGAAACUCAAUGAUAGAGUUUGAAGUCAAAAAAUUUAACGAUAUAUCAUGAGAAAUGAUGAUGGGAUUAGUGUUGGUGAAUAAAAUGAUGAUGGUGAUGUGGUGAUGAAGAUGAUGAUGUGGUGAUGAAGAUGAUGACGAUGUUGAUGAAGAUGAUGACGAUUAAGAUGAUGUUGGCUAAUGACGACGAGAUGAUAAUUACACACUUACACACACAAAAAACACACACACACACACGUAUAAUUAACGUACUGAAAUGAGUUUGAGGUCUAGUUAGUUUUUGUUAUUUGUUAGCCGUGCGUGCACUUCAUAUUCAUGAUCUUAUUUGUUUCCAUUUUUUCAAAUUUCAUUCUGAGAUACUUUCGUUAUUUUCUCGAAAUUAUUUUAAAUAUCAACUUUAAAUAUUUCAUAUUUGUCAAUUGUUUUCAUCUUAGAAGUUAGAUACAUUCUUUUAAAAUACUGUUACGCAUAUUUAUAUGCAUGUAAUUUCGUUAAAUGUAUGUGUAGUGUAUGUAUGUGUGCUGUAUGUAUGUGUAGAAAGAUCUGUUAAUUGUUUUAUAAUCCAUAUAAAUCUUUAUCUGAUACUUUAAAUCUGUUUCUACCCUGUAUUCUAACUCAGCUACGAUCAUUUUUUUGAGAUUUCUUUGCUACAUGGCAGAAAAUUAUUCUUUUUUUUACAGAUUAUUUAUUUUAUAUGAAUAUUUUCAAAUUUAAUUGUUGUACUGUUGUGAAGAAAAAUAUUUUCAUAAAUUUUCAAAAAAUAGUGGUUAUUAUUUUUUGGUUUGUGUGGCAUUACAAUAAACCAGUAAAAUCGUCAAAUAUUUGCAGCUUAAUAUUAAUCAGCAGCCAUUGUUAAUUGAAGCAAUUUUCAAACUAAAUCAUACAAUUAUUAAAGUUUUUUCAGUUCAAGUACAGAUUAUUUUAAUUUAUUUCAUCAAUAUUUGUUAUUAAUUAAGUUAAUUUAACCGUUAAAUUGAAUUAAAUGGACUUUUUAAUGAUUCAACAAUUGAAUUUGUAAGGUGCUAAAAUAGACAUUACCCUACUUAACACACACACACACACACACACACAAACACAGACAUAUCUUUACAGCCUAUAUCCAUCGUUUAAUUAACCAUUUAUUUUGACUGACUCCAAGCAUUACGUACUUAUUAAUAAUUAAUUAAUUACUUAAUUAAUUUUUUUAUCUUAUAAUCGUGUUAAUCUACUAACAAAUGAUUGUGUGUGUGUGAUGCAUAUUAAUUAAUUAUAAAUACAACUUCAACUUAACAUCACGUGACCAUUUUUAUUUUGAAUAAAUAAAUAAAAAAAAUAAAUC